GGAAGUAACGUCAACUCGGAGAGUAGAGGAGCUGUGCAGUGGCGCAGCGGUGAAGCCCUUUCUUCGACAGCAUGUCUCACCUGCCUAUGAAACUCCUGCGCAAGAAGAUCGAGAAACGGAACCUCAAAUUGCGGCAGCGAAACCUGAAGCUACAGGGGGCCUCAGCUGUGAGCCUGUCAGAAACUCAAAAUGGAGAUGUGUCUGAAGAAACAGUGGGAGUUGGAAAACUUAAAAAAUCACUAAAACAGUCUAUGAAUGUGGGCUCAUCAGAAACCCAAAAUGGAGAUACGUCUAAAGAAGCAGUGGAAAAAGUAAAAGUUAAAAAAUCCUUCCAGAAAUCUACCAUAGUAACCAAUGGAGAAACAGCAACACAGUCUCCCAAUUCAGAAUCAAAAAAGAAAAAGAAGAAGAAAAAGAGAAAAAUGAUGACUGAUGCUGGGCCUGAUACAAAAAAAGCAAAAACUGAAAACAAAGGAGAAUGUGAAGAAGGCAGUGCUGAGGUUCCCGAAGAGACAGAAAACAGUGUGGAGAAGCCAGAUAACGAGGAAGAUGACAGUGAAGUGCCCAGCCUGCCCCUGGGACUGACAGGAGCCUUUGAAGAUACUUCAUUUGCUUCUCUAACUAAUCUUGUCAAUGAAAACACUCUGAAGGCUGUAGAAGAAAUGGGCUUUACAAACAUGACUGAAAUUCAGCAUAAAAGUAUCAGACCACUUUUGGAAGGCAGAGAUCUUCUAGCAGCUGCAAAAACAGGCAGUGGUAAAACCCUGGCAUUCCUCAUCCCUGCUGUUGAACUUAUUGUUAAAUUAAAGUUCAUGCCCAGAAAUGGAACAGGAGUCCUUAUUCUCUCACCUACUAGAGAACUGGCCAUGCAGACUUUUGGGGUUCUUAAGGAGCUAAUGACUCAUCAUGUUCACACAUAUGGGUUGAUAAUGGGCGGCAGUAACAGAUCUGCUGAAGCACAGAAACUUGCUAAUGGGAUCAAUAUCAUUGUGGCCACACCAGGCCGUCUCUUGGACCAUAUGCAGAAUACCCCAGGGUUUAUGUAUAAAAACCUACAGUGUCUGGUUAUUGAUGAGGCUGAUCGUAUCUUGGAUGUUGGGUUUGAAGAGGAAUUAAAGCAGAUUAUUAAACUUCUGCCAGUACGCAGACAGACCAUGCUCUUUUCUGCCACACAAACUCGAAAAGUUGAAGAUCUGGCCAGGAUUUCCCUGAAAAAGGAGCCAUUGUAUGUUGGCGUUGAUGAUGACAAAGCUAAUGCAACAGUGGAUGGUCUUGAGCAGGGAUAUGUUGUUUGUCCCUCAGAAAAGAGAUUUCUUCUGCUCUUUACAUUCCUUAAGAAGAACCGAAAGAAGAAACUGAUGGUCUUUUUUUCAUCUUGUAAGUCCGUGAAAUACCACUACGAGUUGCUGAACUACAUUGAUUUGCCUGUUUUGGCUAUUCAUGGAAGGCAGAAGCAAAAUAAGCGUACAACCACAUUCUUCCAAUUCUGCAAUGCAGAUUCGGGGAUAUUGUUGUGUACAGAUGUGGCAGCAAGAGGACUGGAUAUUCCUGAAGUUGACUGGAUUGUUCAAUAUGACCCUCCAGAUGACCCUAAGGAAUAUAUUCAUCGCGUGGGUAGAACAGCCAGAGGCCUGAAUGGAAGAGGGCAUGCCUUGCUCAUUUUGCGCCCAGAAGAAUUGGGAUUCCUUCGUUACUUGAAACAAUCCAAGGUUCCAUUAAAUGAAUUUGACUUUUCUUGGUCUAAAAUUUCUGAUAUUCAAUCUCAGCUUGAAAAAUUGAUUGAAAAGAACUACUUUCUUCAUAAGUCAGCGCAGGAAGCAUAUAAGUCAUACAUUCGAGCGUAUGAUUCCCAUUCUCUGAAGCAGAUCUUUAAUGUCAAUAACUUAAAUUUGCCUCAAGUUGCUCUGUCAUUCGGUUUCAAGGUGCCUCCUUUUGUUGAUCUGAACGUGAACAGCAAUGAAGACAAGCGUAAAAAGAGAGGAGGUGGUGGUGGAUUUGGCUACCAGAAAACCAAAAAAGUUGAGAAGUCCAAAAUCUUUAAAAACAUUAGUAAGAAAUCAUCUGACAGGAGGCAGUUCUCUCACUGAAAUCACACACUUUCAUCUUGGAUAACUUUGCCCUGAAGUGGGUUUCUUUUCUCUAGUUCUGACGAAGGAAUUUUUGUAGCCUUUAUAAUUUGGACUGCUCUAACAAGUAUAAAUUGACUUGGAUUGCAAGAACUGAGCACUGUUACUUCCAGCAAGUCUUAUUUGGGGGAUAUAAUACAGACUAAUAUUCCUUGGUUACCCAAGGACAAAGCAAGGAAUUAUUUGGGUCUUUGUUGUAAUGAUACAGUAUUUUAAUUUUAAAUAUUCUCCCCCUCCCCUUCAAAAAAAAAUUUUGUAUCAUUGUUUUAAUAUAAUUGUUUUUGUA